CAUAAAUGGCAAGGGGUCAGUCUGGUUGGUCUGGUUAGUGGUUAGUCUCUUCCCCGCCUCCCUUGUCCCUCUCCACGUGCUACGCUACACUAGUUACGCAACCUCAGCCAAGUGUAUUCACAGUCAUGUCACAAGAUGGGGCCGGCACGGAGGAGGUGGACGGGGUCGUGGCGGUGGUCGCGGCAAUGUCAGCAAAGAACAGCCGCAGACGCCCUGCGAGCCCGCCAGUGGUUGUGGUGGCGGCCGUCCCCGAGUAUAGGGUGCGGCCGGAGCAGGAGGAUGGGGUGGCUCUCCUAACGGACGCCGAGCCGCCAGCCACCAGGGACCAACACGUGGAUAUCUUCGCCCCGUGUCAACUCCUUACCAGAAGCUUUGAGGAGGAACCGGGGAUCUCAUGGUACAAAGCAGUGUUCCUCAUAGUCAACGCUGCCCUGGGUGCUGGGCUGCUUAAUUUCCCCCGGGCGUUCCACGAGGCUGGGGGAAUAGUGACCGGCAACUUGGUGCAUGGUAUAUUUACUGCUUUAGCUUUAGGGUCCCUCGUCAUCAUCGCCAAGUGUGGGAGCGAACGCAACUGCAAAACAUAUCAGGAAUUAGUGUUAGAGAUGUGCAGUCUGGGCUGGGGCAUGGCGGCCGCGCUGUGCAUCGCCGUGUACUGCUUCGUCACCUGCAUCACCUUCAUCAUCAUCAUCGGCGACCAGUUCGAUAGAGCCUUCGCCUCCUUUUUGGGGAGCGACUUCUGCCACUCCUGGUACCUGAACCGCAAGUUUACCAUGACCGUGUCCUCCCUGCUGCUCAUCUUCCCGUGCUGCCUCAAGAGGAUAGACGGCCUGCGCUACAUGAGUUACGUUGGUGUUGUGUCCAUCUGGUACCUGGCCGUCAUCAUCGUCACGGAGUUCUAUUCCGGCGACUACGACCCCGGGCCCAUCAACGAUUUCGAUGUGGCGUGGACUCAGGUCUUCGAUGUGGUGCCGACGAUAUGCUUCGGCUACCAGUGUCACGUGAGCUGUGUGCCCAUCUACUCCUGCCUCAAGGACCGCAAGGCAUCAAUGUUCACCAAGUCCUGUGUGAGUGCCGUGGUGGUGUGCUUCCUGGUGUACACAAUCUCCGCUAACUACGGCUACCUGACCUUCGGCUCCACUGUGGACGGCGAUGUGCUGCUCUCCUACGACGCCACCAAGCCACAAGUCCUGCUGGCCGUCAUCCUCCUGGCCAUCAAGUCCUGGACCACCUACCCCAUCCUCAUGUUCUGCGUCAGGGAAGCAAUCGGCGACUUAUAUGUUCAGCUGCGCUCCAUCCCACCCACUGAGGCUGCCAUAUCCGAACCCAGGAGGAGAAGGAUCAUCGCGUUGCUGCUGUGGGCGGCCUCCAUGCUGAUGGCAAUAUUCACGCCCAACAUCAACAUCGUGGUGAAGCUGCUGGGGAGUAUGGCAGCCAUCUUCAUCUUCGUCUUCCCUGGCAUGUUAUUACUACAGGAGGUUUUGGGCAAGCGUGUCGUGCUCAACCCAUUCACUUGGAAGAGGUCGUUGCUGGUGGGGGUGGCGAUGAUGUAUGUGGUGGUGGGGAUGUUUGCGUUCGGCCUGGCCUUCACCCUCGGCGUGGAGCACAUCAUCCACCCGGACAGCUCCCAGCCCCUGUGUGAAUGAUGGCCGGCUUAGGGUAUAGACGGAGAGGGUGUUUUAGAAAGGGAGAUCGUUUUAUAGUCGAGAUAGAGAUAUUUUCAGGGUUUAGAUGAAGAGGUUGUUUUAAAGUGAAUGGGUUGAGAGGGAGAGAUUUUUAGGGGUUUAUACAGAUUUUCAAUAGUGAGUAGGUCAAGAUAGAGAGAUUUUUAGGGUUCACACAGAUUUUUAACAGUGAAUAUGUCAAGAUAGAGAUUUUUGAUAGUGAAUGGAUAAAAAGAGAGAUUUUUAGGGAUUAGAUGGAGAUUUUUAAUAGUGAAUGGGUCAAGAUAUAGAUUUUUGAUUGAAUGGGUCAAGAGAGAGAGAGAUUUUUGAUAGUGAAUGGAUCAAAAGAGAGAUUUUUAGGGAUUAGAUGGAGAUUUUUAAUAGUGAAUGGGUCAAGAUAUAGAUUUUUGAUAGUGAAUGGGUCAAGAGAGAGAGAGAUUUUUAAUAGUGAAUGUGUCAAGAUAGAGAGAUUUUUAAUAGUGAAUGGGUUAAGAGAGAGAUUUUUAGGGAUUAGGUGGAGAUUUUUAAUAGUGAAUAGGUCAAGAUGGGGAGAUUUUUGAUAGUGAAUGGGUCGAGAGAGAGAUUUUUGAUAGUGAAUGUGUCAAGAUGGGGAGACUUUUAUGAGUGAAUGGGUCAAGAGGAAGCCUUUGAUAGUGAAUGGGUCAAGAUGGGGAGACUUUUAUGAGUGAAUGGGUCAAGAGGAAGCCUUUGAUAGUGAAUGGGUCAAGAGGAAGCCUUUGAUAGUGAAUGGGUCAAGAGGAAGCCUUUGAUAGUGAAUGGGUCAAGAGGAAGCCUUUGAUAGUGAAUGGGUCAAGAGGAAGCCUUUGAUAGUGAAUGGGUCAAGAGGAAGCCUUUGAUAGUGAAUGGGUCGAACGAGAUUUUUUUCAUAGUGAAAGAUAAUUGUUUAGGAUUGACUGCUUGCUAUUUUUUUUACUAAUGAUUUUAUUGAAGGUUUAGUGAUCAAGAGGUUUGGUUUAUUUUUAUUUGUUUUUAAUCUCUUCUGUGAUGGUUUUAUGAAGGAAGAUUUUUUUAUCUUUUCUUAUUUGUUUUAUGUGAUAAGUAUUAUUAAAAAUUUAGUGUAGAGAUAAUUUUUUUCACUUUUUUAUUUGAUUUUAAUUAAGAAUUCACUAGUGUGAUUAUUAUUCAGAAUUUAAUUAUCAAGAGAUUUUUUAUGUAUAUAUAAAUAUAUAUA